AUGACUGACGCUGACUCCUGCCAAACACGUAUAAGUUGUGAACCAAGAGGUGAAGACAUGGAGGACACAUGCUCCGAAUACGACAACGUGGGUUCUGAUGUGGAACAGGAUUGCGAUGAGGUGUUACAUUUAAACAGGGAGGGCGUCAUGGACAUGAGGUAUUACAAACAGUACUGCUCUGAGGAUGGGGCUUACGUCAAGAACGCAGGUAGUAAGAACGGAAACGAAAGCAACAGUGCCGGUGACCAGUUCACGGCCACAUCUCGCCAAAGCACAGAAAAACGCAAUGGAUCACAUUCGGACGCUAAGUCCCACAAGGCAGGUCGUCCCUUUCGGUCGCGUUGCACAUCUGUUGCAAGAGAGGCAGCGGAGGGGGAAGAACUGGGAAAGGGCCUGGAAAACAGGUUCUUCUUUUGUGAUGGAGAUGAAAUAGAAGAGGUGCUGGAUGGGGCCAGGUUUAUACAAGAUUUAGAGGAGACAAAAGACAGUGAUCAAAGGCAGGCUGGCAUUUAUCAGGACAGUGAAAGGAUUAGAAGGGGGUGUGAUGAGCGGGCCAGAGAAGAUGACAGCAGAAUUACAAGAAACUAUAACAUGCGAGAAGCAAAUAGGAAUUGCGAGUCAUCUCACAGGAGUUCCAAGGAGGAGCGGCAGGGGAAAGGACGAGAGAAGAAAGCGGCCGGACAGGAUAGUGAGCAUAUGACCUCUGGGAUUAAAGGUUGCACGACCAACAAAAAUGAUCAUCGAGUGAAGACGUCGUCGAAAGAAAACAGAAAGGCUCCCGGGCGGACCAAAGCCAAAUCCAGCAAGCACCACCCAUCCCCCCGUCAUUCUCACGGCCCAGCACCGAUCAACAGCCAGAGGGCCCAACCUCGAAGAGAGGCCACUUCUGUUCCCAGAACCAGUGCCUGUAGUAAUAACCAGGAGAGUGAGACGAGGGUCAUCAAGCCUUCGCCAACUCUCCGUCAUGCACCCGAGCAAGGGAAGAUUCCCCCUGAGGAGAGCCACAGCCAGCAAGAGAAACUCCAGCAGCAGGAGGAGAAGCCAAGCGUGAUCCAGGAGAAGGUUCCCGAUCAGCCAAGGAGACCUCUUAGUCCAGAUCUCCUCCCAGAUGAUGAGAGCAGCUCCCCCAAGAAAACACAAGAAGCUGCUUCGUUCCCCAGUUUUGAAGACGUUCCAGGUCCCUGUGAGCCCGAAGAUCUCAUUGAUGGGAUCAUCUUUGCCGCUAACUACCUUGGCUGCACUCAGGUGCUCUCCGACAAGAAUCCAUCCAAGACCGUCCGCAUGUCGCAGGCCCAAGAAGCCGUCAGUCGUAUCAAGAGCCAAGAUGAAGACUCCCAAAUGAUGACUGAAGUCGACCUUUUUAUCUCCACUAAAACGGUCAAGGUGCUCAAUGCUGACACGCAAGACACAAUGAUGGACAGCGCCUUGCGUACCAUCUCCUAUAUUGCUGACAUUGGCAGCAUUGUGGUUCUGAUGGCACGCAGGCGCUUGUCUCAGACAUCGUCUGAGGAUUUCUCUGAAUCUGUGGAGUCGAGAGGCGACGGAACUAGUCAAUACGGGAUGAUCUGCUAUGUCUUUGAAUCUGAGGAUGCCCAGCUCAUCGCACAGUCCAUUGGUCAGGCGUUCAGUGUGGCCUACAGAGAAUUUCUUCGAGCCAAUGGCAUCAAUCCCACGGAUUUAAGUCAGAAACAAUACAGUGACAUCAUCAACUCCCAGGAAAUGUACCACGAUGACCUCAUCCAUUUCUCAAAUUCUGACAACUGCAAAGAGCUGUGCGUGGAGAAGCAGAAAGGAGAAAUCCUCGGCGUGGUGAUCGUCGAGUCCGGCUGGGGGUCCAUUCUGCCCACGGUCAUCCUCGCUGGAAUGCUGAACAGCGGCCCGGCAGCACGCUCUGGCAAACUCAGUGUUGGUGAUCAGAUUAUGUCCAUCAACGACACUAGCCUGGUAGGGCUGCCGCUAGCUACCUGCCAGGGCAUCAUCAAGGGAUUGAAGAAUCAGAUCAAAGUAAAGAUGAGCAUCGUGAGCUGCCCGCCUGUCACCACUGUCCUCAUCAAGCGACCCGAUCUGAAGUUCCAGCUCGGCUUUAGUGUCCAAAAUGGCAUAAUCUGCAGCCUGAUGCGAGGCGGGAUCGCCGAGAGGGGCGGCGUUCGUGUUGGACACCGAAUCAUAGAGAUAAACGGUCAAAGCGUGGUUGCUAUGCCACACGAAAAAAUCGUGCAGACACUGUCCGUGUCGGUGGGUGAGAUCAACAUGAAGACGAUGCCCGCUGUGAUGUUCCGACUGCUCACAGGGCAGGAGAUGCCAUCCUACAUAUGAAGACCCAGCAAUGAUUAGUGAUGAGCAAAGUUUUAUUUUUCUAUCAUUUUAAUAUCAUUUGGGGGCUCCCCCGGCCCCGGUUCUCAUUUCAGGUUUAAUCUUGAAUUACAUUCUCAUAAUGGCCUUACAAUGUCAAUUCUGUAGUGUUGUGUGUGAGCGUGGAAGAGACGUAGCUUUGCGGUCACUUUUAUUUUUUCCUAUGAAAAGAAGUGCAUUUAUAUUUUAGUUAGUCAUUUUUAUAUCGUCUCGUAAUUCGACUGUAAAUAUUAUGGGUUACUCAAGGACUGAAGCGGGAAGGCCAUAUAACUCGUACAGUGUAUGCAUGGUAUAAUGACAAAUUUCUGACCAAGAAUUCACAAUAAUCUAUAAGAGUAAGUAUUACACAUCUACUGUAUUACCCUGUAUGAAGCCACUCAACUUAUGGGUAUUAUGGAAACGCUGAAGGCCAAAGACACCCCUUCAUUUUGAAAAGCAGUUUUAAGAGACAACCUUUACAAGCGCGUACAAGAAUGUACAUUGCGGAAUGAAUGUAACAGUGUAACACAAAUAAUACAAUCUCACUGUUUAACGCUUGUUGUUUGCUUUCUUUUUAUUGUGCUAAUAUGUACUGUACAUUAUAAAAUAAAACCCACAAGUAUGGUCGUUUGUCGUAACACACAUUUACCAAACAGUUUGAUGUUAAUUCUACCUCUUUUUUCAUUAUUACAUCAAACU